CCAUUCACUGCUUAAGGUGUGUUCGCAAAACGUCGUUUUUGGAUUUUUCCUGCGCGUCUUAAAAAACAACAGCUCGUCUUUCCUAAAGUUAUAAAGAUUAUCAAUACUCAAUAGUCUCUUAGGCAACUUCAAUUGGUGUACUUACGUGACGUAAGCACCCGGAGAUUUCCCAACAUUAUUACAAUACUACUCGUAUGCGUUGCCCACUCCCUGAGCGAGUUUGUUGAGUCACAGUAAUAACUAAUUAGUAAUUUGGUAUUUGUGGUGGGAAUCAAUACGAUCGUUCCGUGUAAGUAAUAUUAAUUAUUUUUGUUAUUUUUGUUUACUUCUUAGUUCUUAUGUCUCGUUUGGAUUUUUAGUUUCUAGUUUUCGGGUUCAGAAUUAUUUAUAAUCAUUCGAAAUGGGAUGUGAUGGCGGAACUAUACCCAAGAGGGAUGAGCUUGUACGGACCAAAAAGAAACCUGAAGAGGUAUGUGUACAAAUAAAGUGUCUUUAAAUAUUAUUACAGUUUUGAACAAGAUAAUGGUUUCUAUUAUUAUUAAAACAAUUUCUUCUGAAAAGCAGCAGAGUUUCUUAAAACUAACACUCCCAAUGAUAUCAAAUCCCGGAAAAAGAAAGUCUGACCACAAAAUUAUUAAAUAGAAAAAAAAAGUUAAUUUCCUAAUAAUAUAAAUAAUGAAUAAUAAAAUAAUAUAAUAAUAUGAAUAAGUAAAUAAAGGAAUAUAAUUAAAAAUGAAUGAUAUAAGAAUGUGAUAUAAUUUUUUUAAACUAAUAAUUUGUUAAUAUCUAUUUCAUUUACAAAUACAAUGGCCAAUGUUAAUUAAAAAUUCUACUGAUUUUUCAUUAUCAGCCACUCUAGAACAUAAGUUCCCUUUAGCAUUCACAAAUCACAAUACAUGUUUAAUUUAUACUUGUAAACAAAUUAUUACUAAUUUUUAAUAUCCUUCAUUAUUUACAUUAUUAAAAAAAAAAAUCUGACUUCUGUUUAAUAAUUUUGUAGUCUGACUUUUUUUCCUUAAAAAAUGAAAUCUGACCUUUUCCCAAAUGAUAUCAUUGUUAAUCCUUUAUGUGGACCUAGUGUACUCUCAAGUACAUAAUAGAUUGCGACUUCUUGAAAUAUUUUAUACUAACAUUUGAGGAUAUAAUGGUAAUCACUUGAUACACUUUUAUCUUCUGGUGUAAUUUCAAUUGUAUUUUAAAUGCAAUUUGUAUGUUUUUGUGUAAUUACAUACCUAUGUACUAUAAAAGAGACUAUUUUAUUUUCUUACACAUUUGUGUUGUACUUAACCUACAAAAUAUCAUAAUUUAUGAGGAACAAAUAGAAAUAAAAAUAUACAAAUUAUUAUCGUAUUUAUAACUACUUAAACAUAUUGCUAUAAAUAAUUAUUCAGUGAAAAUUUCAAUCUUCUAUAAUUAUUACCGGAUUACAAAAAAAAUCAAUUAAAAAAGGAUUUAUUAGGGAAUGAAUUUAUAGUCUCAUACCUACCUAGUACUUACCUAUUUAUAUAAGUAGGCUAUUAUAUUAUCACUACAUUUUUUUUCUGUUAUUCUAAAUGAUAAAUCUAAGAAAAAUAAUAGUAUUUGUUUAGUGUGCAAUUUUUAAUGUAACCUGUAAUAAUAAAAUAACCUAAUUUUACUACUUUUAAAUUAAUUAUAUAUUCAGUUGGUCACAUACUAAACAAAUACCAAAAUAGUUUAAAAUAUCAUAAGUGUACAAUUUAAAUUUUGUAUAAUUUUACAAUUGUAUUUUCAGAAAGACAAAUCAUCUAUGCAGUUAUUCCGCUGGCGUAACUGUCACUUGACUCAAGAAGCACUUCAGACACCAAUAGUCGCUUGUGGCUUAGGUAUUUUGUAUAAUAAAGAAUCAGUUUUACAGUACUUAGUGAAUAAAACUCCAUUUCCUGAAGCCUCAGCGCACAUCCGAACUUUAAAAGUAUGUCUGUUUAUCUAUUAUAACUUAUAAAAUAUAUUUAUUAAUAAAUUCCUACAAUUUGAAUGAUCUUUUUAAAGGAUGUAAAAACAUUGAAGUUUACUAAAAACCCAGCGUUCAAAGGCCAGGCUCAAAAUGUUGGAGGAUAUAUUGAUGAUAAAUGUUCACCAUACAUUUGCCCUAUUAUUGGUCUUGAAAUGAAUGACCGUAAUAGAUUCUGUUUCUCCUGGAAAUGUGGAUGUGUUGUAUCCGAGAGAGGAUUUCAGCUCGGUGCAGAUUAUAAGUGUGUCAAUUGUAUUAUGCAAUAUGAACCAAUUGAUGUUGUUGUAUUAAAUCCAACUGAACAUGAAAUACCUAUAAUGAAAACUAAUAUCGCCAAACGUAGGGAAGUGCUUAUCAGUAAGAAAAAUGCUAAAAAAGUAGUUAAAGAAGAACCAGUGGAUGACUUUGAAUAUUCUCCAUUAAAUAUUAAAAUUGAUAGUAAAAUAAUCACAGAAUGUAAAAAAGAAGAAGAUGAUAAAACUGUAGAUAUCAUGACAAAAACAAAAAGUAUGUAAAUUUAAAACUUUUUAUGUACUCUUCAAUUUUUAUUUGCAUUAAUUAUAUUAUUUUUUAUUUUAGGACCAAUUACAAGUGCUGCAGGAUCAAGUUCUUCCAUAUCUUCUACCUCAUCUACUAACUGUCGCAAACUAGAAGACCCUGUCUAUAAAAAAGCAAAACUUACUCAUAGUAUUGCAAAAGAUCAAACAGCAACUAAUGUAUAUAAGUCAUUAUUUACAAGUCAUGAGGAUGACAAAACACAAACUCGAGCUCAUUGGAUUACAUACAAUCCAUUCUAUAACUGAUUAUUCACAUAAUAUAAGAUUUCUGCACUAUUUUAUUACUCACAAAUUAUUUUUAAAAUACAAUAAGUCACUUGAAAUAUUUUCACAACUAGUUAUACACAUUUCAAAUAAGUAAUAGAAAUAAAGUUAUACAUUACUUUAUAUAUAUUCAAAUAAUACAAUAAAUAAUCUAAUGAGAAUAAAAAUGCCAUGAAGUGAAUUUUAUCAUCAGUUAGGUACUAAUUUUAAUUUUUAAUUUAAUGUUUAUAUACUACAUAUUUUUAAUUAAUUGUUUUGUAAAUAGAGUUUUUUCCAUUUAUAAAGAAAUAAUAAUAAUACAUUUUUUCUGAUUGAAGUUUUGUAACAUAGAAAUUACCCUUUUUUUUUCUUUAAAGGAAUUAGACACAUUUAAAAAAAUAAUAUAAAUCUUAUUUAUUCACAUUAUUAUUAAGAAAAUAAUAGAAUACAAUUAUAUUUAUUUUUAUUCACAUAAUUUAAUAAUGGUUACAAAAUAAAAAAAAAAAAACAUUCAUUGAUUAAAACUAACGACUAGUUCAAUUUAUUUUAGUUGUGUUAACAUAUUCUACUUGGUAAAUUAUUUUUUAGAACUUGCUGUUUUAUAAUGACCUAUGCUUAACAUAUCUGACCAUCAAAAAUGGAAGACCAAAUCCGGAACUAAAAUAUAAUGCAAGUAGUGCUGUAAAUUUAUAUUUACUGUAUAUAUCAAAGGGAAGAUUUCUUCCUGGUCCGCCAUAUCCAUGACUAUUCCUAGCUGCAGUUGUUGAAAAACUUCUCAUUAGCUGAAGUCCUUUGGUAGCAAUCAUUUUUCAUAUGGUUGACAAACUUGGUUGUUUUACAAUCAAAUGUACAAGGAUAGAAUGAGAUUUGAAGAUGAACUUUUCUGAAUCCCCGUGAAAAUGAAUUUCUAAAUAACAGCUGGGCUCGACCACAGUGGUACCAAUCUUGAAACAAUCCC